GGUGGAAUCCAAUAAGGGAGGGGGGUGGGAGGAGAUGACAGGAAGUGGAGGUUACGUCGGCGGGAAAUUCUUUUGGAUUCGCUUUUCGCGAUGACGGAGUUAUCGGCGUUGCUCCCUCGGCCAUUGCCAGUCAUCCGCUUUCCCCGUCCCCGACCUCCAUCUUCGUCAUUCCCCUCACCUCUUAAUACUCGGAUACAACCAUUAAUGAAGCUUUUUUGUCGCUUUUCCUUCUGGUUUCAGAAAUGACACAAAUCCCUUCCCCUCCCGCCUCUCGCGCCGGUUCAGAAUUCCUCGAUGUCGAGACCAAACAGUCCGACUCCUCCGCGGAGCUGUUGCGGUCACUCGAUUCCCUUCUAGAGCAUUAUCUUCAUCUCCUCGAUCAGCACCAACGACUACAGGCCGAUCUCAGCUCGCGAUUAUCCUCCGGGUUUUUCUCGCUCGCUCAGGCCAAUUAUACCUGUCCUCCAGGCCGACAUUAUGGCGCCGAUUAUUACGAUGAUCGCAUGAAAGCCACGAGGAGAGUAGAACUGCAACCUUCGACCGACCGCGACGGAAAUGACCAUAGCACUCAGAAUGAUGCCACUUCGACGGAUGGCCACCCAAACCACGAAUGCAAACCUACCUUUACCAUAAAAUCUGUGAUCGACAACUCCGAGGAGGAUCAAUCGAAGAAGACGGAAGAUACUAAGCCAUCGCCCACUACAGACGAGCCUGCACAGAACGAGGAAUCCAACCCCGAGGCCAAGGCCAAACCCACAGAACAAUCCACAGAAGACUCACCUCCCUCGAUUCCUGACGAGGAUGACCAGCAGGCUGGCCACAAACCCCAACCGUCGAAGCAGAAACCUCGAUCCUCCGAUCCUAUACGGUGGUACGGAAUCUUGGUUCCCCAGUCUCUUCGCAGUGCUCAGAAAUCCUUUGCGGAGGCGGUGGAAGGACAUAUGGCGGAGCUGGCUGGUGUGGUUGUUGAGAUGCAGGCUGUGGAGAAAGAAGUGACCCGGGUGAGAAGUGAACUGGGACGUACGUGACAUGCUCGAGCUACACAGGUCAAGCUCGUGGCUAUGACCAUAUUCAAAGACAUUCAGAAACAAACAAUAGAUCAUGCUGGUCCGAUGGUAUCUAUGGAUGUAUAUAUCCUCAAGUAUGACGGAUCUUUUCAUCUAGGGGUACCAAAAAAGAUUCUUGGAAAAACGUAUACUACAAAACCUUCAACUCUACAGCCAAGAAUCCAACUCAGCGCAACUACAAAGCCCCAACCUCAACAAUAACAGUCAACCAAGGAAGCAACCCAUCUUUAACAGCAAGAUAAAGCCCGCUGCGCAACGACCUCGCG